UUUCUACCGAUGGGUUUGUUUUGAUCUUAUACCUGUUUGUAUCUUUCUCUAUUAGAUUUUUUCUUUCAAUCUAUUUUUCUUUUGGAUUUACUUUUCUUAGAGAUAUCAAUUUGAGAUUUUUAUUGAAUUAAGGAACAAAAUUUUAUUUUCUGCAAACAGGGAUUUCAUUUGGUAGAAAUUAGGUACGGUUGAGUUUUUGGAAUUGUCUGUUCAUGUAAUUUGAGGUAAAAUUUUGAUAUUUAAGAAUUGGAUUAUUUAAAUGGAGGUAAAAUUUUGGUCUACUGAAGGAUCUUGAUAUUUGGGUUAUGAAAAAAUUUGGUUUUUUCUCUGGAGUGAUACAUUUUGGCAAUAUGGUGUUGACGUAAGAGUCUGAAACUGGGAAACUUUAGGUUUUAUGGUCAGACUAGCCUCAUUCAGCCAAUUCAUGUUCAAAUUUUCAAUUUUCAUGUCCAAACAUUGAAUCCUGGUGAUUCAAAACAUUAAUUGAAUGGAUUUCCAUGUUUUGUAGGAUUCAUUUGUUUCCCAUUAAGUUUCUCGGAUGGGUUUUGUUUAUUUUCCGUUUCUGGACGGUAGCAGGAAAGAGUUUACUUGAUCAUUUGAGUCAAAUUAAGCAUUAAAUUGAAUGAGUUUUCAUGUUUCCGUAUAAAUCCUGUUAAGACUGCUGCAUGAAUACUAAGAUUGCAAAUCCCUACUUCAAAAACCAACUUCUGGUUUGAACAGGUGGUGGGUGGAAGUUAAUCGCUCAGAGAGGUUUAAUCAACCAUUGGAUUUUGAGUUGUAAAGGGGAGGUGUCUCAAAGUAAAUAGCUAUACAAGCACAUUUUUGAUCGUUAUAGAUUACUUGCAGAAGAUAUUUAGCGAGCAAACAUAUCCGGUAGUGGGUCAAAUUUAACGGCCAUAAAUUAAUAGCAAGCCAACUGACGAGUACUUGCAAGUUUGGUUGCUUGACUGUUAAAGCGACUGAAAUUCUGGGCUCUUGCUAGGAUUUUGGUCGCUUAAGCCGAGUUUUUUUGUAGUGAAUGACCGCUUAAGAAGUAAUUAGUGGGAUCGAUCGUAGGUCCUUUGAACAGUGGGUGUUAACUGAUAUCAACCGAUAAGAAGGUGUUUUGACAGUUGAUAUUUCGAAACGCUUCCGAAACCAAACACACUCCAAAAAUCUUCUUCCCCACACUUUGUUUAAACUGGUUUUUCUCUGGCUAUGCCUAUGUUUCGGCUUUUCUCCUGUGUUAGAUCCAGUAAUGUGUAUAGCUCACAUUCCAAGAGAAGACAUGGUUAUGCAGAACAAGUUGAAUUUCGGUAUGAUGCUAGUGUUCGUGUCUUCAAAUCGAGAGAGCUAAUUGUCGCCACUAAUAAAUUCAGUCAAGGACGUGUAUUAGGUGAAGGAAGAUUAGGACGUGUGUAUAAGGGUAUUCUCAAAGACGGACAGGAAGUUGCCGUGAAAAGGUUUUAUGAGCAGGCAGAUUUGUGGGCGGAGGUUCGAAUGCUCAGCUGCCUAGUGCAUUCUAACCUCGUCAAGAUGAUAGGUUACUGUGAUAAAGUGAAAGAUCAUAUUGUUGUUUAUGAAUUCAUGCCAUUACGUUCGUUGAAUCUUCAUUUACAAGCCCUUAAACCUGGAAAAAAGUCUUUAAACUGGAAGAAGGAUGAAGAUAGCACAGGGUGUUUCCAUGGCUUUAGAGUAUUUGCAUGAUCAAAAAGAUCCUCCUAUAAUAUGUAGUGGCUUAAAAAGUACCGGCAUUUUACUGGAUAAAAAUUAUAAUCCAAAGCUGUCAGAUUUUGGUUGUGCAGAACAUGCAUAUGGUCCUAGAUUGAUUUUCACCACGAUCAAUAGAAAGCUUCCAUUUGGUUAUCUUGGUCGAGACUCUGUUAUGACUGGCAGCAUCACUCCGAAAUCUGAUGUCUACAGCUUUGGUGUUGUUUUGCUUGAGUUGAUAUCUGGGCAGAAGGUAAUUGAUGCAACCAGCAAGCGCAAUAUUGUUGCAUGGGCAUGGCCAUUACUCAGUGACAGUAAGAAGUUCCCAGAAAUCGCUGACGCACUCAUGAAAGGACAGUAUCCACAUCGUGGACUUGUCCAAGCUCUCAAUCUUGCGAAAUUGUGUAUACAAGAAGAGUCUCACAAAAGACCUCGUACUGCAGAAGUUGUGACUGCUCUUUCAAAUUUAGUCUCCCAAGUAUACGAAGGGUACAACCAAAGCUGAUCCAUUUACUCCGUCACGUAGGGGACAAGCAAUUGCAUAACUAAAUCAUGGGGUGAGAGGUCUAGUAAAGUUAUGGAACAAAUGAUGUGAGACUGUUAUGAUUGAUAAUUCAAACCCGACCUCCUUGUAAUAAUUAAUAAAGUUACUCUUUAAUUAAAUUAUUU